AGGAGCUCUCACAUACAUUGAUGGGACUGCUGACAGAUUUCACAAGAUAUGGUGACCCCAACAACGCUGUACGGUUUGGCCUGAACCAGACUUGGCCUGCGUUCACGGAGCCAGGGGAACACUAUCUACUGCUGAACACCACCAUGUCCGUGCAGUCCGGCCCCUUCAAGGACAGGGUUAAGUCAUGGGCGCUGAAACUGCCGCGUCUCAUCCAUGCCUUGCAGAACCAGCACCACACCACAAACCACAAACCGAAAGCGCAGCGAUUGGUCUGUAAAGUAUUAGUCCUAAUAAGAGUCUCAGGAACCACAUACAAUCGUGGGUGGGGUUGA